AUGCGCAGGCUAGAGAAGUUCAUUUACAUGCAUCAGAAUCUGACCUCAGCAAAUGAUUCAGCUGUAGAGAGACGUGUUUACAUAGUAAAGAAAACUUACGCCCUCUGGACCAAUCGGCGAGUGGCAGUAUUAGUCACGCCUGAACGCGACACGCACACGCACGCACGUGGCUAUCGCUGGCUUGCAGGCACACAGCAGGCCAAGGGAUCUGGUGGUGUCGCCUUCCAGUGGAAAAAGGCAUUUAGGACUACUCAACUGCUGGUGGAUUACUACCUCUUCAUGCCGAAGGCUUCCAGUCAUGGUCGAGGCACCAGCAUCACUGCAUCCAAAUCCAUAGUUUGCCAACAGACAUCCACCAAAACCACAACAAUAUCGGCAAAUCUGAUUCGUGCAAGGUCUUCCACCAUCCAUGCCAACAAUUCCACAUUUACCACACGAUCUUCUACCCAGCUAAAUCACAACGAAAGUGCAAUGAGUAGCUCCCUACACAUUACAAAGACGUCUACGCUCUUAAGUCCUCCUUCUGGUGAAAAUAACUCCAAAUCAAAGACUUCUCCAUGGUUCUGGCAACGUAAAAAUACAUCAAGAAAUUCCCUAGUCCGUUCUGCAUCGGCUAACAAGGCAAAUGAAGGAGGUGCGGUUGGUGCUGGUGGAUGGAAAAAUAAUAGAAAUUGUGAAAGACCUUCAGGUGAUAAAGCCUAUGAGUCAGAGACGUCUACUUUGGGUUCGACGAUUGCAAAUGAUGGUGCGUCAGCUACUACAAGGAAUCAAUCCAUCAUUCGAAGUGCUUCUACGAGGGAAACGAAACCCACUGGUGGGUUUUUGCGAUUUCUUCGUGUUAGCUUCUCUUCCCGUGCCAAAAAGCCAAAGGAUUUUGGACCUGGUACUCCUCCACUAUCGAUGACCCAGUCUGGAUUGGGAAGUCUUGCCGAAAGGCAGGCCAGUAUUGCAAAGGUGUUUGCGGAUCCGAAUAAUCGCCUUUCGAAGCAUAUUCUUCGAUUCCCAAAGGACAGCGAGACCUCAAACAGCGUGGAAAGUUUUGACUCCGCGGCUUCAGGCGAAUCUCUAUCCUCCAGUGAUGGCAGCCAACAGCCAUCCAUCGGCCUCUGCUACUCAAAUGACAAACCACCUUUAAGAGCCACUAGAAAUACAGCACGCAGCCACUCAGCACACACACGACCCCCUAAAUGCCAACCGUCUCAGCCAACUGGAAGGGAGCAAAGGGCCACUAACAUCUACACCAAUGAGGUAGAUGCUGAGGUUUCCAUGGAAAUAAUUAGACAACCGCCGGUCUUCAGUGGAAUUAAUAAUAGACCUCAGAGAGUGAUGCACGCGUUAAUUACAAAACAGCAACCAGCAGAGACCAGUAGCUACGACAGCAAUGCCUACGAGAACACCUUCCACGCGGUGUCUGGGGUAUGCCAACCCGAGUCCAUCCCAGUGCACUAUUUUCAGGCCUACUACCCUCAAUCCCACUUCAAUUCCACCUACUCCGAUGGGCAGAUAUACGACCAGCCGCCAGCACCACACCCAAAAGAAAUGCGGGCGCCGAGAAAUACCCGAAAUUCUGGAAACAAUAGUCAAUACUGUAAUGAGAGUCUUAUACCACGGAUGAUCCCACCCGUUCCACCUGCUACAGCACCUGCAUCUCGCAGACGAUUUGGAAGAAGCAACUAUGAGAGUGAGGAGAUCAGUGGUGAUGAGGGAGACGAAGAAGAGGAUGAAAGUGGAAGUGGAAGGGGUGGAACACUCUCAAGAAAGCGACCGGCUCCACCAAUGGGAGUUUUGACGAAUCGGUACUCUAGAGAGAGUCUUAAUUGUAAAGACGCUCACGAAAAGACGCCGGUACCGAGGGGAAAUACACCAGCUAGGGCAACUGUACCACCCCAUCCCCUUCCAAAUUUGCCUCAAUCGGCGUUGAAGACAAGGUUGACUCGUAGACAGACGGUUGGAGCGAUUCAGACAUUGGCUCAGACUUCGUCCAAUCCAGAACCGACCCAGGGUUCACUCCAGCACAAUGUCUACAGCCUACCAAUAGCAAGUAAAAGACGAGAGUUUAUGGCUGUACGAGUGGAGGUAGUAUUUCUUUGCAUCCUAGCGCCCUCUGCCUCGCCCUAUGCCUCUGUUGCGUGUGUCAGCGUUUGCGGUAUGCUUCUGAAACAACGACGUCUCAGUGUUCCAAGACUAAGCGGCGUCUUCGGAACAUAUCCUAAUAAGCAAGAGCUGGGAUGUGCAGUUAUGCCAACUGAUAACAGUUGGGUCGGCUCUCUGAGUUUAAAAAGAGUGGUUCGACCCGAUUUGGAGCAGGAACGGCAUCGGGAUACCUCACUACGGAUAACUAUUCAUGAGUCGAAAAAUUUGCCCUCUCAUAGACGGUACUUUUGUGACAUUUGUUUGGAUCGAAAACUCUACGCUCGAACAACGAGUAAACUUUCCAAAGAAACCGUAUUUUGGGGUGAAUGCUUCGACUUAAAGCAAAGACGUAAAAGCUACUACUUGAAUGUCAGUGCACUUCAUGCCUCGCAAUACUUGCGUCAUUCUGAAUUUUACAUCUUCAGCAACCUUGCGGAGCUGAACUUUAUUACAAUAAAUCUCUAUCGUGAAGCUGAGUCUACCAAGGAUGCGUCCAAGCGACGCAAAUCGAGCAAAGCACAAAAUCAACUCAUUGCCUUUCUUACUAUUGCCAUAUCCGACCUGUCAUCAAAGUACGAGACGCAGCAAUGGCACACAAUGACCCCUGGUUCCAUGCUUCCGUCAUCGGAAAAUCUACACACCAAUCCCAUUUCUCCUCGCUCCUCGAUCCGCCAAUCAAUAGGCUCCUUCAAUAACCCCGACUCCCCGCAAUGUAACCCAGAUACCAGUACGGGCUGUUCUGCCAAGCGCUCCAUUUCAUUGGUUGGACCACCACCAACCACCAUUCUAACUGGUCGAAUACGCAGGCUCUCCAAGCAUAAUCUGGGAGGCAGUGAAUCUCGAAUGAAUGCCGGUCAGAACAGCGGUGGCAGCAAUGGCAGCGGGGCUUGCAGCGCUCUACUUCCUCAAAUUCGAUUGGCUGUAAAGUACCAAUCGAUUGACGUGCUACCGCUACAUUGCUACGACAAUUUGAGAAAGCUUGUUGUAGAGAAGUCUGCUGAAUUUGUGCGGUACCUAGAGCCGCUUUUACCAACUAAAAGGAAGGAGGAGAUAGCCCGCUGUCUUGUCAAUAUUCACGAAAAGACACCGGAAAGUAACAUUGCUGCAUUUCUCGCUUCUCUUGUCGACCACGAACUGGACACCUCCGACAAUCUCUCCCUCCUUUUUCGCUCCAAUUCCAUCGGUUCAAAGGCUGUCGAAUGCUACAUCAAAUUAGUUGGAGUUGAGUAUCUCCGGAAGCUACUUCAAGGCUUUAUUGAGAAUCUCCUAACUUCCAGUGAAGAUCUUGAAGUGGAUGCAACUCGGUUAACUACACAUUCGUGGUCACCUGCCUCGGAGAGUGGAGACGUCAGCGCGGUUACAGACGCGGAUGCACGUAUACUCCAAAGGAAUCGAAUUGCGCUUACGACUUGCGUAAAGACUGUACUUCAGCGAUUGCAGGCCAGUCUCGCCUACUUUCCAGCAGAUUUACGUGAGACAUUAGCCUCAAUCCGUAGAACAGUGGAACAACGGCAUGGUCAAGAAGUCGGCGAUCAGUUGGUUUCCGGGUGUCUAUUCCUUCGUUAUAUUUGUCCAGCUAUACACGGCCCGACACUCUUUGGUCUAACCAACGCCGUUCCCGAUGAUCCUCGUGUCUCUCGAAACCUUACACUUCUAGCCAAAGUCCUUCAGACUAUCGCCAACUUCUCACACUUUGAAGCUAAAGAAAAUUACAUGCGUUUUUUGAACUCCUUUGUUCAGUCUAUGCAGGAGGAGAUGCAUCAAUUCCUUCGAGCUGUCUCUACCUUAGAUGAUGACGAUGAUAGUUCAGAGAUAUGGAAGAGACAAAAUACUAAUGUGUCAAAUUGUCACAGCAAUAUCGAUUUGGGCUAUGAGCUUACUGUUCUAUACGGUCAUCUCUCGGCUAUUUUAAAAGAACAUCCAAAGGUUCCUGAUUGCUUAGCCGAAUUGCCAGACAUUCUGGCCGGCAUUGAACACAUGCUUUCAAAACCGUCUCUUCGUCGAAGCCUUUCAAAUCUUGCAAAUUCAAUAAGAUCGGGCACUUCAGCCUCCCUGGAAGAUGCAGUAGCUAUCCGAAAUUCGGCCUUUCGUUUCCAUAGCACUGUAACUCCGCCGUUGUUAAAUGAACUGCAAAUAAUUCCUGCUGAGCAGCCUUCAACACCGGUGUCGUUUGGCAUACCUGGUGGAGAUUAUACAUCAAAGUGUGCUUCUCCCGGUGAAGAACCAAGAUGUAGUCUCGAGAUUAGCAGUCCGUCUUCAGAAGGUGUGACACGUCAGCAGGCCUUCUUUGGCGAAUCUUUUGAACCUGGAGCCGAAAAUUCCAGAGGAACCGACCUCGAGUCGAUAUCGGAGACCGAGGUACAGACUUCAUCUCCGGUGAAUAAAAUUUCUACAUCACCAACAACACAAUUGGGAACCUGCACCACAGCAAACGGAGGACAUUAUCGUUCUGCAAGUGUUCAACGUCACAAAACUCCACAGACAUCAGCGUCUCUGCAUCGAUGCAAGGAGGUUGAAAAAUGUUGCACUGGUAACGGUGGUGGUACUUCAACAGCCAAUACCCUACCAACACCUCCACAGAAGUGGUCCAGUGGUCCAGAACUCCACGCGGACUCUCCUGUUAUCCUUAAUUUUCCACCCCCUCCUCCAGCUCUUCCACAACUGCAGAAUGAUAAAGGCCUUGGGGGUAGUUCUACCAACAUUCGGAUGGGGACUCGGGCUCUUCGAAUGUCAAGAGAAAGAGACCUAACGGGAAAUAUUGAAUCAGGAACUUCGACACGAAACGGAGAAGAUGGGAGAGAUGACGCCCAACUUUCCACUGUCCCUGUCAUCUUGCAAUGUGAAACCCCCGUUGUUACUGGUGCUCGCACAGCUACAACAGUUCAUGGUGCUGUAGACAAAGGAGGAGGAGAUGGUAGUGUUCUGUCAGUUGAUUCAACUGCCAGCUAUGAAUCAUCCACAGUUUCUUCCUCUUGCCUUUCCAUAAUGCCUCAUGGCAACAAUGUUAACACAGUCGGUGCCAAUGGCAGAGGUCAAGGUGUCUUCGUGACAGAGAAUGCGCAUCACUUCGAACUACCGACAAAUCGAAGUACAUCCGCCGUUAUUCAGCGAGGAAGUCGCAUCUCGUGCUCAAACACUAACACUACCAACAGCAAUAACAAUGACCCAGCCCUCCUUAGUCGAGUGCAUCGCCUUCUUUUUGGCGGUGGCAGUGGUAGUGGGAAUGAUUACCAAAAUGUAAGGGGUAUCGUCAGACCAGCUCCAUCAACAUCUUCAUCAAUGAAGUUUGAAGAACAGAGAGAGGAAAAGGAGGUGGAUCCACGAAAAGCGGAAUCCACUCAGCUGGAGGCACUGCAACAGAGACUUCGAGCAAUAGAGGAGCAUUUAAAUCAGGAGCGUCGAGAUAUGCAGAAGGCGGUGGCAUCCAACAUGCGAAUGAUGGAGAGUCAGGAGCGCUGCAUCAAUGAGUUGAUUGAGGAGAUUAAUCGUUUACAGAUUCUUCGAGGUGCUGCCACCGCCAACACAAAUCCUCCUGCCCCUCCACCUCCAACAUCGACCACGGCAACGAACCGCCGAAACGAUCUUCACGGAUCAACAUCGUCUUCGCAAAAGCCACGGUCGUCAUCGAACUCGUGGUGGUGA